UCGAUUCUCCCCAUACCCGGCGUCGGAGGAGACGCGAGGCGAUGGCGCUGCGGCUCGCGGCUUCGCGUCGGCGGCUCCUCACGCCGCCGCUGCUGCUGAUGAUGAUGCUGCUGCUCUUCACGCUGCUGAUGCCACUGGCGACAGUCGAAGCCUCCAACAAGCCCGUGCUCAUCGUGCACGGGCUCUUCGACGACCCCGAGCACCUGCAGGCGCUGCGCGGCUACAUUGAGGAGGCCCACCCAGGCACCAACGUGACGGUGUUCAGCCUGUUCAACAACAUGGAGAGCCUCAAGCCCCUGUGGAGCCAGGUGAAGGGCUUUGGAGCCAUGAUGGGCCCCAUUAUGCAAGAGGCUCCUGACGGCGUGCACAUCAUCUGCUACUCCCAGGGGGGGCUGGUGUGCCGAGGGGUGCUGUCCAUAAUGCCGAACCAUAACGUGGACACCUUCAUCUCUCUCUCCUCGCCUCAGGCCGGGCAGUAUGGAGACACUAACUACCUAUGGUGGCUCUUCCCGAAGUACGUCAAGUCCACACUCUUCCACUUCUGCUACACGGAGCUGGGCCAGGACGUCUCCAUCUGCAACUACUGGAAAGACCCACACCACCUGGGGGAUUAUCUCAAGAGCAGUCAGUUCCUGUCUUUUCUCAACAACGAGAGAGAACACGCGAGUGCUGCCGAAUGGAAAAAAAACUUUCUGCGCAUCAACCGCUUGGUGCUGAUCGGGGGACCGGAUGACGGUGUUAUCACGCCCUGGCAGUCCAGUCACUUUGGCUUCUAUGAUGGCAAUGAAACGGUGCAAGAAAUGAAGGACCAGGAGGUGUACCAGCGGGACAUGUUUGGGUUGCGGACUCUGGACGAGCGAGGCGCGCUGACGGUGUACGAGGUGCCAGGGGUGACGCACACCUCCUGGCAUUCAAAUCGCACCGUCUUCGACCGCUACAUCAGCAAGUGGCUCAGCUGAGCGAUUACACCUUCAUUGCCAUCAUCAAUAAUCAUCUUCCACAUCAUCCUUUAUUAGUUCUAACUUUUAUUUUCACCGUUCUGAUCUAUUUUAUCCUUUGCAGUGUCUUCUUUUCAUUCAGGGUUUUACAAUCACGACCGUUUUAACAGCAUUAUAGUGUGGCGUCCGCACUGUAGCAAUGAACAUUUGUAACUGUUGAGAACAGUGAUUGGCAAUGAGGUUCGUGUGUGUGUGUGAUGUGACAUUACUGUGGACCCUUGGCAUGAAGUGUUUCAUGCUCAAUGGAUGGCAUGUUUAAUUCGCUUGCCAUCUCAAGUGCAAUUUUGGGACCGUGGUAUUGUCCGUACGUGUGUCGGACAUUGUACCGUGUUGUGCAUAUCGUUGGCCGAAUCACAGGUGGAAAAUGCAACCACCCAAAAAAAUCAUGACAAUAACCAUCACUACAUCGCAAUGCCUAUCCCAGUCUCCAACGCACGUCCGAUUAGCACAGUUGGCUACGUAUGGUACGAAAGAAGUUCAACAUACAUCUGAGAGAAUGCAUAUCACACUAUGUAUUUUAUUUGUAAAUUGUGUGUUUAUUAUUGAGCGGUUAAGGCCUAUUGAGCUUUAGAGCUCCUUUUCAGAAGGGACCUGGUCACAGGUCAACAAAAUGGCUUAUCGCGUGGAACAUUUUCACAGCCAAUUACUCAAAAAACCUGUUUCUAAGUCUCAUUGCCUCUGACCUGGAUAGAUACAGUACAUGGGCAAGUUACUAUGAAAGCCACAUUUACUAAGUUCACACCUGUGAGCUAAAUGUCACAACAGGAAAGCUGAAUCGGCGAUCAUCUGGGCCAAACUGUUGAAUAUCUGACUUCGUUUUGAUGCUAAUGGUGGUUUAGACAAAAUAUGUGUACAUGCUUUGGCAUGUACGUGGUUGAUUUGGGGCGGCAUGGUGGUGCAGUGGUAACACUUGUGCCUCACUACCGAGGUUCGAUUCCUUACUCUGUGCAGUUUAUAUGUUCUCCCGCUGUUUGGCAUGAGUUGCCUCCCAUAGUUAAAAUAAACAUGCAUAAAUAACUGGAAUUGAGCAAACAUAGCAAUGAUAAUUAACAAACCAAAAAUGACCUGCAAAUUACUUAAUUGGGAUUACACAUAGCAACAUAGCCUCCUACUGUGAAAAUUCGGCAUAAUUCCUAGAAGUGAAACCCGAUACUCAGUGAUGCUUUCCUGGGUAAAAAAAAAACCCUUAUGAAUAAAUAAUACAUUACACAAGAAUACUUACAUAGCUGACAAAAUUGGAUGUUUUUUUUGUCCAAAGUUACGAUUUUUAGCAUUUUAAAUGUGUGCUUGGUGAGAUUUAUUAAAAUUAGAGCUCAAAUUGCACUUUAAGGAAUGGCUUUUACGUCCAUUUUAUGUCUCCAUCACUACCCAUGGGAUGAAUUGUCAAGGCGAUGCGUUUGAACCGUGUUUGUGAAGAUCACAAAACCUGGCACACUGUCUCUCACUUGUGUAAAGGUCUAUAAAGGUUAAAUUUGUCUUGUGUUAAGCCCACGCAUUACAGCCGAGUCACGCAAGCCAGCCGUUCCUAAAUGAAUGUGUGAGCAAAGCAUUUUAAAAUGACUCUCAGUCCAGUAUGUUCGUAGACCUAGAGUAAAAAAAAAACAUGAGAGGAGCUGGAUUAACUGGAUUGGCAGUUGUGGACAAUUGAAAUCAAUGAACAUUGACUUGUACAGAAUUUCGUCAGUCCACUGCUAGAUGAUGAGGGCCUCUCUAUGCCCUCUGCAGACUGUGGGGGUUGUUUGGCUAGAAAUAACAAUGCUCGUCAGUCAGUGCUGGUUAGUGAAGGUGGGGAGCAAAUGCAGGAGCUCAGCAACAGUGGAUUUUCUGCACUGCCCUCCAUGUAACACCACAGCCUGUAACAAACUGCAGUGGUCUGACGAGAUCGGGCACAGUCAGGGUGAGUUGGCCAUAGGCAAAUUAAUGCGAUAGCUUUAAAUGUUAUCAGUUCAUUUAUUUUCCGUGACAGGCGGAAGCCCCUGUGAGCAGCAUGCGAACCAGUUGAACGUUUCCGCUGAGUGUUGAUGGAAUCAUGGGACAAGGUCCAUCAUGUUCUUGUGUAUUUAGAUUUGCUUCAUUGCCCUUUCUCUGUUAAUUAUUAACCGGCCACUCAUAAAGCAGUAGCACAAUUUAUUGUCGUUUUUAAACCACCAAGUGUCUUUGCAAUGCCGGUCACUAAGAUAGGGUCUUGGGGGUUCCAGUUCAUCAGUUUUCAUUUCAUCACUUCCUACAUGGCACUUUUGUUCCAUGUCCGCUCGCUGACGGUUGCAUUUUCAUUUCACUGCACAAAUGUUCUUGCAUACAGCAACUCGUGAGUGAUCACCAAAGCAGAGUCUCGGGGGGAAGCUUGAACGGAUGAUGUCUUCAACACCCCUCCGCUGAAUUUAACCCGAGGUUCACAUGGUUUACGACGUGGGCCACGGUCGAGUCAGGGUUUUCCACGGUCGCGUGCCGCCGGGCUUUCUACUCAAAUAGCUGGUGGCCGCGUCUGGUCAUGGCAGGUACAGAUUCUGUUCUGAUUUUACUGCACUGAUUUCAUUUAAUUCACAGCUCCCUUUGUCACUGCUGGCUGAAAGCCUCUCCCACACCACGUCGGUCACAGGGGGGGGGGGGGGGGGGGGCAUUAUUUGAUCAUACUCCGCGAUGUUGGUCAGUGUGGGUUGAAGGUUAGAGGCAUAGACGUUAAGGGCACAGGACAGUGCAACGAUGGAUUUUACUGCACUGCCCUGCGCUGUCCACCAAAUGCAUAGCCUCCAAUGCAGUAGAAAUGCAAUUGGACCUAAAUUGCAGUAUGAUUGCGUUGAUUUGGAGAGCUGGCCCAACAUUUUCAUACAGAGGCUUUUCACACUGGCCGAAUUUUUUACCUCGCACACAUUGGUGAUUUGCAGCUAGAAGUUAUUUUUUUAUUGCUUUACCUUAUGAACCCAAAUUGGGCCAUGUGUCUGCUGUACGUUAGCAUCAUCCUUACAGCCGAUGGUGAUUUUUAUGGGCUGGUGAAUACGUUUGAAUACGUUUUCUUAAAAAAAACAUACAAUUAAUUUUGUAUACCCAAAGAAUCACUCAGAUCGGAGGCUAAUUUCGACCAAGUUUUAGAGCAAAUCGCUAAACGGAGCUUAAAUGACGAUUCGAUAUUUGGGUUUUUUUGCACCAAAAAUGUCAAGUAUUGUUUACAACAAAACGAUUAUUUUUAACUUCUGUAAGUUUCCCCAUCCACGAGUAAUGUUUCGAGCAUAGUUUUAAAAGUCGUCGCAUGUUUUAAAUCGGGCACAUUUCUUAUGGAGGGAAAUGCAAAGUUGAACCUUUGUCAGUUUUUACAGGAAUAGUGAAAAAUGCGUUCGCAAAGUGAUCGCAAAGAUUUACGGAAGAGCUCUUCGUAUUUUUGAAACAUUUCUCAACGUUGAACAAAAGCGUUGUUUAUAAAAAAAAAACUAUUUUUAAGGAAGGAAACUUGUUUUAUAUCUUAAAAAAGCUAGUUUUAGCAAUAAAUCAGUCAAAACUUUUAACAUCUUAUCAAUGCAAAUUUGGAAACUACGGAUAACGUUGGCUUCUGACGGAAGCGUUGACUAUUGUGAAAGCAGACGGGUGAGUCGUACGCAAACAGUUGUUAACCAUGUGCCUUUAUCGAGCUCCGUGUGCAGCCGUGUGAUGUGUGAGAAAUGCUUGCGCGCUCACAUUUUUUCCCAUGUUCCGCUCUGGAGAGGUGCUGCCAGCACUACAGUGUGUCCUUUAAAUACCGGGCUAAGUCUGGGGCCCGGGGUGCCCCAGUCGAUUCGUCUUCUCAACAAAACUCAGACGAUUCAUUAUAGAUGUUUGGGUUUAGCCACGUAAUAAUCUGGCCAUUUCUUUUGUUUGUUACCACGUAACCCUCCGGCCAACCGACAGAGCCAAACAAAUCAAAUUGUCACGUGUUGCGAGCGGUUUAAAAACCCGCAAUAUAUUCAGUUGGACCAUUCACAGUUUGUAAUAUUCUUCAUAUUGCUUGAAUCAACCGCAGAAAAUCAACGGCAGAUUUCGGAACGCACGACGCAAUGCUUGCAGCCGUGACUGUGCAGUGCCAAGCUGGGACUUGCUGAUGUUUCCCCCCGCCGCAUGGAGACACGCGCUGAACAACAAGCUGCUACACUUUUUAGCCCUGGGAGAGAGAGCGAUUAAAAAUAUUUCAUUUGGAGUUCCCCAAAAAUUUCCCGCUAUAUAUACGGUUCAAUAUUUAUAUAUGCCCACAUUUAUUUCAAGGACAUACUGUGUAGAGUGGCUAAGAAAUGAGAAGGGGGGGGGGGCACACACACACACGUCGCAAUGGGGAUGUAGAGCAGACAGUUUAUGAUAUGAGUACACAUGCAACCACGACAUAACACUGCGAGGGUGGCCGAGAUAUUUUUUUGUUCUAAGCACGGUAUACAGAGAAUAGUGCUUUCUACCCAGUGUAACAGGUGAAUUACAUUUAUACAUGUAUAUAACGGGCGAUCACACGUCACAGUUAACAAAUGAAAGUUAACGACAGGGUUAUUCUCGGUACAUUUUCUCGGUGCUCGACAUUAUCUGUUUGCCUGUGGCACCGUUUUUGUCAAGGCAGGACACGCUCGGACUAGCACUGCCCCACAGCGUAGUCAACGAUGCAGCCUAAAUAACCAUUACAAAACUAAAUUCUAGCAGAUACGUUAGUUGCCAGUGCUGGCACUGGCACUGACCCUGCUGGUGAGGUAACUCCGACACCUCACCAGCAGCGCCCCUUUUCAAUUUUUUGUUCGCUUGGUCAGUUUUUUGCUGUUGUUGGCAGCCCCCCCCCCCCCCCCCCCCCCUGCGUGUGUACGAGCUCAGGAACUACGUCGCUAAAGGUCGCACAGAACCGUGGUCUCUCUCGUGUUUGCGCCGUGACUUUGAAACGGACUGCGACAGCGCAUCCGCUGGCACUGUUUUAAUCCACCUUCUUGCCAAGGCAUCAUUCGACAAAUGUAGAUUGUAUUCGCGCUUGGCUACGCUUAAAGAAGUGUACAAUUAGAGUGAGUGCAAGUGACCGUGGUCGAAUACUGAGCCGGCACCGUCGAGGUCCCUGGGUUCAAAUCUGAGCAGCCACCCCCAUGAUUGUUAACUAAACCAGGUUCUCAAAUGUAACGAGUUGAUCAUUUCAGCCUGGUCACCAGUGACUGCACAAUUAAACAACCAUAUUAAGUUUGGUUGUUAAUUUUAACCCUCUCGUGCAUCGUAUCAGCCGUGGUGACCACUUUGAAAUUCUACAAAACACUUUGAAAAUAUUUUGGGGGCUUUCUUUUGACUCCUAAAAUUACAUUGUACCAAAGUUGGUUUGGGUUUCCCUUCAAUAAUCCACACGUGACGACUGAAUUGUUUUCCUUUUUAAUUGCCGUGUGACAAACACCUCCACUGCAGGGCAUGGUGGUGGAGAAGGUGACCACCGCCUAGUGUGGCUGAGUCCACCUAGGGGAGGCCCAGGAACCGGUUCAGAUAUUCGUCACACACUCACACAGCCUCACACUUGCACAUGUCGCCACCCUCUCACUCUCACACCCUAUCACUGUCAUUUGCCCUCUGUGGAAAUUAUCGUGGCAUCGAAAAGUGGCGGUCCGCACGGUGUUUGAGGUUGUGAGAAGCGCCGCCACGGGCGAAACGUUCCGUGCAUCUCGACAGACACACCGCCCCGCACACAUUCAGUCGGCUCGUGCAGUCGUUGAACCGUUAUUAUUUUGUCGAUUUUUACCACAAGCUGAUUUUACCAUCGGCGAAUACUGAUGAUCUAUUGUGGAUUCACAUAUGGGAAGAGGAUGAAGGGAAAUAUGUUUGUCGUGUGUGUGGGGUUUAUGGCCGUCUUCGUUGAUCACACGUGGUUACUCAAUGCACAUCUGAAAAUGUGUUCACGGCGUGUUGUAAUCUGGGCAUUAAUUCGGGCGAGGCGAUUUUUUUUGUGUUCUUUGUCUGUACGUUAAUUUAAAAAAAUUGUAGAUGUGAAAGAGGAGAGAGCUUGGAUGAAUUAAACUUUCAAAGCGUCUUGUGAAAUCUCGCACCGUGUCUUGCUGUUGCGUUAAAUUCCCCGUUGUGGACAACACGUGAGCACAGUUGGCUACGUAAGGCUGCAAGAGAAGUUAAACGCACAUUCACACAAACGCCGUUUCAAGCCAGGUCGUGAGACCUCCACUCGCUUGUCUUAGGGCCUCUAUUUUAUUUUUAACUCGACCUUCAUGUGAAUAGCCGUCACUUCUCUUGCAUGCAAAGUUUUAGUUUUGUUCCUAAAAAAAUUGUUAUUCACAGAUUUUCUGAAUUCAAAUAAAUGGAAAAAAUAAUGGAA